CAGCAAGCGGCACUGGCAAGCAGCAACCCAACCACUGGCAGGCAGCACCAGGCAGCAGCAGCUUUCCACCACCGAUCAACCUACAACCACUACCUUCCUCCUCCAUCUCAACCCCCUCUCUAAUAAUACAUCACUGCACAACACAAUGAUGUCCUUUGCCAACGUCGCCAGGCGUCACGUCGCCAUCGGCGCCCGCGCCCAGGCUACGCGCACCCUCCGCACCUCGGCUGCCGUUGCCGCGCUCGCAAAGUUCAAGAUGCCCGCCAUGUCGCCCACCAUGACUGAGGGUGGUAUCGCGGCCUGGAAGAAGGCCGAGGGCGAGGCCUUCGCGGCCGGCGAUGUCCUCCUUGAGAUUGAGACGGACAAGGCCACGAUCGACGUCGAGGCCCAGGACGACGGUAUCCUCGCCAAGAUUGUCUCCCCCGACGGAUCCAAGAACAUCCAGGUCGGCAGCACCAUCGCCAUUGUCGGUGAGGAGGGCGACGACCUGUCGCAGGCCGACGCGCUCGCCAAGUCUGGCGACGAUGCCCCCGAGGCCAUCCCCCACGAGGACGACGCGCCGGCCCCCAAGGCUGAGGCCCCCAAGGCUGCUGAGGCUCCCAAGGCCGCCGAGGCCCCCAAGGCUGCUGCUCCCAAGGCCGCCGAGCCCGUCGGCGCCGACAAGCCCUCGUUCUUCGCCUCGCCCCUUGCUCGCAAGAUUGCCCUCGAGAAGGGCAUUCCCCUCGGCCAGGUCAAGGGCACCGGCCCCGACGGCCGCAUCGUCAAGGCCGACGUCGACGCCUUCAAGGGCGCUGCCGCUCCCGCGGCCGCGGCCGCCCCUACUGCUGCUGCUGCCCCCGCCGCCGCCGAGUACGAGGACAUCCCCGUUUCCAACAUGAGGAAAGUCAUCGGCAAGCGUCUGUCCGAGUCGAAGCGCGAGGUCCCCCACUACUACCUCACUGUUGAGAUCGAGGUCGACCGUCUCCUCAAGCUCCGCCAGGUCUUCAACAAGGCGUCGGAGGGCAAGUCCAAACUCUCGGUCAACGACUUCAUUGUCAAGGCCGCUGCUCUUGCUCUUGGUGACGUCCCCGAGGCCAACUCGGCCUGGCUCGGCGAGACCAUCAGGCAAUACAAGAAGGCCGACAUCUCGGUCGCUGUCGCCACCCCUACGGGCCUGAUCACCCCCAUCAUCAAGGAUGCUGGCGGCAAGGGUCUUUCGACCAUCUCGGCUGAGACCAAGGCGCUGGCCACCAAGGCCCGCGACGGCAAGCUCAAGCCCGACGAGUACCAGGGCGGCACCUUCACCAUCUCCAACCUGGGCAUGUUCGGCAUUGAGCACUUCACCGCCAUCAUCAACCCUCCCCAGAGCUGCAUCCUCGCCGUUGGCAAGACGUCGGCCAAGCUUGUCCCCGCGCCCGAGGACCCCAAGGGCUUCAAGACGAUCAACGUCAUGAACGUCACCCUGUCGUCGGACCACCGCACCGUCGACGGCGCCGUCGGCGCCCGCUGGCUCCAGUCCUUCAAGGGCUACCUCGAGCAGCCCCUCACCUUUAUGCUUUAGAGAAAUCACCACGCGAGAAGCACCACGCGUAUAGGGCGCGGGGGUGCGAGUGAGGGUGGGGCGCGGGGUUGGCCCACCCUGGGGGGUCACGAUGCAUCAUGUAGGCACUCGGAUGAGGGCAUGCAACAUUUCUUGGAC